AUGUCCAACCCAUCGCAGCUCUUUUUGCUUGCUGACCACAUCAAGCUUUCAUUGCUUGAGUGGCAGCGCGCUCAUGGCUUGAAUCCCGACGACACCUCGCUCAGCGGUGACAUCUCCCGAUCGUUUGACCAGCUUCGUAAUGGCAUUGCUUCGUUGGAACAGGAGAGCGCUCGCCUCCAACAGGCUGGCGACCAAGCGGGCGCCCAGGCCAUCACUGAAUCACUUCCGGCGCUGCACAAGCAGUUUGACGAGUUAAUAUCUCAGUACCAAUCGCUCUCCAACCCAUCCUCCAACCCGCCGUCCGAUCAAGACGCCAGCGACGAGACAGACUCGGCCAAUAGAUCCGGUCGUAAAUCAAAGACGGUGCGAUUCAGCGAAGCGCCCCGAUCACCAACACAGGAGCUCUUUGGGCGUUACACCGAUGAUCCGAAUGCCUCCUCGGAAUCGAUGGGAUAUAGCGACCAUGCUUCCGGACUGUCAAAUCAGCAAAUCCAUGACUAUCAUUCGCAAAUCUUACAGGAGCAAGACGACCAUCUUGAUCGCUUAGGAGAAUCCAUUGGCCGACAACGGGAGCUCAGCAUGCAAAUUGGAGACGAACUAGAGAGCCACAUGGCAAUUCUGGAUGAAGUUGAUCAUGUUACUAAUCGCCAUCAGAGCCGAUUAGAUCGGGCGAAGAGAGCUCUGGGAAGAGUUGCAAAGAGCGCAUCGGACAACAAGCAGAUGGCAAUCAUCUUCAUUCUCAUCGUUAUUCUUGUGCUAUUGAUUGCUAUUUUGAAAUGA